AUGUCUGAACAAGCCCGAAGAUCCGGCUCUCCCCAGGCUACUAACGAUAGCGCCAAACCCCACGCCCACGCUACCGGCUCUGCUGCUGCAAUGGAUCUUCGACAUCGAGGCCCAACACGAGCUGCGACUUUUGCAGAGGGCACUUUCGAGAUUCAAAAUCAACGUCGCAAUUCAAGUCUCUCGGGUUCGGUUUCGGAAGCUCGGAAUUCAAUCCGUUCCUCCACAGAUGAUCUGCUGUUUCCGCGCGUGGUUCGAAAAGAUGACUGGGGUGUGCCAAACGAGGAAUCGCAUUGGCAAUCGGCGCCUCUUGGCCUGGCUUUAUUGCCUGCUAUCGCAGGAGUGUUUUUCCAAAAUGGGAGUGCGGUCGUGACAGAUAUUACGUUGCUGGUCUUGGCUGCUAUUUUCCUGAACUGGUCAAUGAGACUGCCAUGGGAUUGGUAUCGCUCUGCUCAAGCGACUCGACAACAAAGUCAAUAUUAUGAAGCCGCCUAUGCUCCGCUUCAGCCCGAACCCAAUGAUGAGCAAGCAGCACACGACCCCAAGGAAGGUGUUGCGGAGCAAGAAGCUCGACAGCAAACACGAGUCUCCGACGCGGCCAGUGCAGCCAGUCGGGAGCUCCAGAUUCAUGAGCUUGUCGCUCUCGUGUCCUGCUUCAUCUUUCCCAUGAUCGGAACCUGGCUUCUGCAUACCAUCCGGUCCAAACUAUCACGGCCCUCCGAAGGCAUGGUUUCUAACUACAACCUGACUAUUUUCCUGUUGGCAGCGGAGAUCCGUCCCUUUGCCCACUUGCUGAAGAUAGUGCAAGCUCGAACCCUCCACCUGCAGCGUAUCGUCGCAGCAUCAGCAGACGGCGAAGAGAAGAUAGAUCCAAGUAAGAUCACCGACCUCACCAAACGCCUCGAGGAACUCGAAGCACACGUUGCCGAAGCAGCCGCAGCCCGGACAACACCGGAGUCAUCAAGCCAGUCGCAAGACCAAGAACAUCUCCAGACACUAGUCUCUCAAGCAACCACGGACAUUCGCAAAGGCUUCCAGCCGGAAAUCGAAGCGCUCAACCGCGCGGUACGGCGCUACGAAAAGCGCACAGCCCUCAUCUCGUUCCAGACGGAAUCAAGGCUCCAGGGCCUCGAAACGCAAGUCCACGAUGCGAUUGCUCUCGCAGCCUCGGCCCAGCGCUCUAAUACGCGUCGCCCAUGGGACGCUCUAUCAGGCCUUCUUGAUAGUGGUUAUGCUAUUAUUCUACUCCCGAUCCAAGUCUCCAUGUCCCUGGCCGCUCUUCCAUUCCAACUUUCCAAGCGAUGCUUGCAGUACUGCAAGGAUUUGCUCGGCGCGAAGCCGCGACGGUCGCCCAAGGGCAAGGCCCCACGAGAAGUGAAAUCUACCCCUCCAAGACGGCUGAGAAGGGCUCCUCUGCAGGACUUGGGCGGUGCUAAGGGACUUCCGCCGAUUCGGGAGUACCAGUAA